AUGCCAGCCUUCACCGUCCUGAGCGGCGGCAUACAGACACGUCGCGCGCGCGUGGUAUUCAUUGCCCUUCUCGUCAUCAUCUUUGUGCUCUUCCUCAACAACUCUGGCCUUGCAGGCGGCGGCAGCUACCUGGACUCAGCGCGAUCAGCAGCAGCCGGCGUGAGCAAUGGCAAAACUACCACUACCACCGGCGGUGAUGCCGGCAAGCAACCCCUCGGAAACCAGGACAAGGACAAGGAACUACCGGUAGCACACGGCGAACCUGAUACCGCCGCAGACAAGCUCAAGGCCGACGCCGAGGGGCAGGACUCGUAUCGCAACAAGGACGAGGAGCUGGCCAAGCAGCCGCCUACGGACACCGGCCGACCCGGUGAUCCGAAACCCAGCGCUCCCGCGUCGUCGCCGAUGCCACCGACACCGCCGCCCGCAGCGGACUGCGAGUCUUUUGAGAACUGGAUGCGCUCGAAGCCCGGCCCGUUGUCCGAGGGCAAACGCAAAUUCCCGCUCAACCGGCCCCGGCCGGAAUGUCGCACAUUCCGCCUCCCCGCCAUGGACAACCUCAUCAUCCGCAUGAAGGGCGUCAUUAAGGACCCGGACCUGUACCGCCUCUUUGAGAAUGCGUAUCCCAUGACGCUCGACAGCAUGGUGAAGUGGAGGGGGUACGCCAACGAGACGGACAAGGCCACGGGCGUGUCUAAGGCGACGGACCAGGAGCUCACCUAUGUUAUCACCGGCGACAUUGACGCCCUCUGGCUGCGCGACUCGGCUGAGCAAAUCAGCCCUUACCUGCCCAUCCUUGAGGCUUCGCGGGAUCCAAACUCCCUUGCCAGCCUCUGGCGCGGCCUCAUCAACGCUCACUCGCGCUACAUCAUCAUCUCGCCGUACUGCCACAGCUUCCAGCCGCCGCCCGAGAGCGGCAUCCCGCCAACGCACAACGGCGCCUACGUGCACAACCACCCCAUGCCGGCGUACGACCCGGAAAAAGUGUUCGAUUGCAAGUGGGAACUCGACUCACUGGCGUCGUUUCUGAAAAUGUCCGUCUCGUACGCGGAGAAGACGGGCGACUGGCAGCAUUUUAACAAGUACCAUUGGAUAGACGCCGUCGAGGCCGCCGUCAACGCCGCGGGCGCGAUGCGGCUGGGCACCUACUCACCCGAGGGCAAAGUGGAAAAGUCGGCGUGGACGUUCACGGGGUGGACGAACCGCGGCAGCGAGACCUUGACCAACGACGGGUUGGGAAACCCGAUUAAGGAAAAUGGCAUGAUUCGCACGGCAUUCCGCCCUUCGGAUGACGCCUGUAUCUUCCAGUUCCUGGUGCCGGCCAACAUGAUGUGGGCAAAGUAUCUCGAGUCCGCGUCCGAGAUCAUGGCCAAGCUGGAUGGCGAGAAGGCCAAGAACCUGACGUUGGAGAUGCGCGCGCAGGCGUUUGGGAUCCGGCAGGGUAUCGAAAAAGAUGCCAUUGUGCACCGACCCGGGUUUGGCGAUAUCUUUGCGUACGAGGUGGACGGUUACGGCGGCGCGAACUUGAUGGACGACGCCAACGUGCCAUCUCUCCUGGCCAUGCCGCUGUGGAACUUUACGCACUCCAACUUCAAGUACCCCGACCCGCCCAAGGGCGAGAAGCUGCACGACUACACCGAGGUAUACCGCAACACGCGCAAGUAUGUCCUCAGUGACGCGAACUCAUACUACAUGAAGGGUCCUGUCAUCUCCGCUGUCGGCGGGCCACACGUUGGUCCAGGCAAAGCGUGGCCUAUGGCGGCCGUCAUUGCUGCCAUUACCGCGUACGAUCCCAUUUCCGGCAGCAAGGACGUGGAGAAGGAUGUCGAGGAGCAGUUACGAAUGGUGCUGGAUUCGACGGCUGGCUCUGGCGUUUUGCACGAGAGCGUCAACAGCUGGAACGACAAUGACUGGACGCGCGCGUGGUUCGGCUGGGCGAAUGGAUUGUUUGGGGAGUUGCUGUUGAAGAUGGAAGAGGAGGAGAAGAAGAAGGGCGGCAGUGGUGGGUUAUUGGGCAAGAGUUGGCAGGGUUCUUCGGGAGCUGCCCCCGCUGCGCCGUAG